UGCGGUGACGUCACGGCGCUCUGUUCCCGCCCACCCCUCCCCCUUGCUUGUGUGCGGGCAGUUAGCGGAAGUUCCGUUCCGUCGAGAAUCGGGACAGCGAAGCGAUUUUAUGUGUCCACGCUGUGUGAUCUGUCGUCAGCUGACCUCUGGUGUCCUCUCGUCUCUCUCCAGCACCUCCUACAGUGUAUGUGUGGCAACAACAUGUCUGUGCCGCUUCUCGCAGAGGCUGUGACGGUGCCCGGGGAUGAGUCCGGGACCACCGCGGUGGUGAUUUUCCUUCAUGGGCUGGGAGACACCGGGCAUGGGUGGGCAGACACUCUGACAGGGAUCCAGCUGCCUCAUGUCAAGUUCAUCUGCCCCCACGCGCCCCGAAUGCCCGUUACUCUCAACAUGAAGACGUGUAUGCCCGCGUGGUUUGACCUCAAGGGUCUCACCCCCGACACUCCAGAGGACGAAUCUGGAAUCAAGAAGGCAGCAGACAACAUCAAGGCCAUAAUAGAUUACGAGGCCAAAAACGGGAUCCCCCCACACCGUAUAAUGCUCGGUGGCUUCUCUCAGGGUGGGGCUUUGUCCUUGUAUACCGCCUUGACCUGCCAGCAUCAGUUGGCUGGCGUUGUGGCCCUCAGUUGCUGGCUACCACUUCACAAGAAUUUCCCAUCGGCAUCAAGCGGCCACAAGAACAUCCCGAUCCUGCAGUGCCACGGUGAGAGCGACUCCAUGAUCCCGGUGGAGUUUGGUGCGCUGACGGCAAAGAAACUCAAAUCCAUAGUCAACCCUCAGAUGAUCACCUUCUCAACCUACCCAGGGCUCUCUCACAGUUCCUGUCAUCAGGAGAUGCAGGAUGUAAAGGAAUUUAUCGAGAAGUAUUUGCCCCGAAUCUGACCUCACCUCAUCCCCACUGUGACCCCCCCUGAGACACUGACCUCUCACCUCUGAUCUGCUAUUCUCCCACAGGAAACAGCCAUGAGCUCCCCCCCCCCACCCCACCCUCUCUCUUCCACACACAUCGACAACAAACACACAGAUUUGAUAAUAAAGAAUUUGCUUAACUAAAACUGCUCGCUUCUCCACGCAGACCAACCCAACAGCACUCAAACCGAACACACUGAUUUGAUAGUAACAUUACCAAGCGCUCGCACGCACAAAGUCUUAGCCUUUUGGAGGGAGAAACACUGACUCAUACGAUACAUUCCCUGUGUUUUUUUUUAUUUAAACAACCUUUGUCUGACACCUCCAAACAACCUCAGUUCUUCUCCACUUUUACCUCAUUUUGCUUCUUCUUAUUUUCAGCUGUCACCUCCCCUCAUCACUUCCACUGCCACUGCCUUUCCCUCUUUCAUUCCUGCGUCAGUUUUAGUGGAAAUCCAACAUUAAGAUCGAGUCGGAUAAGCAGGUUAACACCUACCUGAUGCUGUCCGUGAUCAUACCGAGGCGCAGUCAGACCGGAUUUAGCUUUUCCAGUCUUUUCAGGCUCUGAUGUCCAGCUAGUUUGAGAGAAAAGAUUGGAUCUCAUUCAGGAAAUUUUGAUUUAUAAUCUUUUUUUUUUUUUUUUACUUGGAUGCUGCUUUGUGACAUAAAAACAUGUUACAAAACGCGGUAUAAUUCACAACUUUAUGGGCUGCUGGCCAUGCCAGCUCCUGCAGCUACACAAGUUAAUCUCCACAGCUGAAAUUCGGUCUGACUGCGGCUUCACUGCUGGGUCAGGGUGAGUGCUGGUUUUGGUUUCCCACCAACCCCCAUCCCUCCAUCUCACCUCCUACCACACCACGACAGUGCACCGCAGCCUGUCCAGGUCUCGCACUGGUAAUCUUGAUCAUGUAACUACAGACGCCCCUUUUUAUCAAAGUACCAACAUCCUCAGGGGCUCACAUUUCUUUUCUUUUUUUAAUGAGUGUGAUAAAAUAUCUUGAAUUAUAUGAAGAAAACCCAAUUGAAAUAAAAGAAACCUAAUCAAUCGAUACUUUUGCCAGCCUGUGCUGUUUAUUUCAGAACUUCCACACCUGCAUGUCAGCGAUCUCUUUCUGCUUUGUGAUGUCAGAUUACUUCAUCUGAUUUCCUUCUUUUUAAAUUAAGAUUGUAGACUGAAAGGGGAAUGACUGACCAGUACGAGUUGCAUGAGAUAAUACAUCACUGCAGAUGGUUGCAGGCCCGCACAGACUGCACACCAUGAGUCGUUUCACUGUUCCUCCCACCGACUUUUUCUCUUUAAAACAUCCCCUCCGCUCAUUCAAGUGUUUCUGUUUCAUCCACCAACCUCACGAACGGCCUCCUCUCCAUAAGUCCCGGUCGAUUUAACUCCUCUCUUCCUCCACGACGCCGAAACUGGCUUUUAUCCCCAAGAAAAUCUAAGAUACCAUAUUAACUUCCCAGCUUCCAUCCCUUUGCAACUUACUGUAACACACUAACAGAACAUAAAAGGUCAGAGUUAAAGUUAAACCCAACUCUAUUAUCGUUAAAAGAAAAUGGCUAUACACUGGUAGGGCUUCGGCAAGAAGCUGUUCCAACAUAACUUAAGGAUGAUUUUACAAAUUUUAAAGUUAAUCUUGAACAAGUUAAGAGUGUAACCCUGAGGAGUCGUGUGUGCUUAAAAAAUAUAUAUAUAUCAGGUGUUCUGCAUUUUCCUUUGUGAAUGUUAAUUUUGUUCCACAUUACUGUUUUCAAACAUGGUUUAAAGAAAGUUUCAAAGGAUUGUUGUUCAUUAAUCAAUGAAUGUCUCUUGUCUUGCUCGCGUUUGGUUUGCUUUUUACUCCCCUUGUGUGACGACGUCACCCCGUCCUGUUGUGUGUCGUCCCUGGUUUCUACAUGUGUGUUUAUUGGACUUAUUUUUCGUUGUGUUUUGUCACCAUUGUCAUCUCAUCCUUUUUUUUUUUGUUGUUGUUUGUGCCUGUUUAUAAUGAUGAGCAUUAAGAAAACAUGUUGAGGUGAGACUUGGGGUCUCUCCUUUUUUUGUUUGUUUUCAAAAUGACACCUGUAUGCAGAAUAAAUGACCAAAAAAAG